UAAGAUGUCGGCCUCCGAGGAGCUGCGGAAGUGGCUUUCGUGGCGGCAGGCCCGGGCGGCUGCCCCGGUGACAGGUGGUGUGGGGCAGCAUGGCAGCGGACGGCGGCGGCGUCAACCUGCGCGGUCGGAGCCUCCCCGAGCUGCGGGAGAUGCUGAGGCGGCAGGAGCGGCUGCUGGCGGACCGGAAAUUCAUUGCUAGACUUCCAGAUAAGGGUAAGAAGAUCUCAGAUUUCGCUGAAAAGCUGACCCUUGCCAUUGUACAAGAGGAAGAAUUAGCAAGGACGGCUGAGCUGUUAUCUGCUGUCAGGUUGGAGUUUCAGGAGAAACAGGAGGAGAUCAAUACAUGUAAACAGCAAGUUAUCCUAAACAAGGACACACAAAGCCAUGAAGAUUCCUCAGUCUUUAAUGAAAAACAUAAUAUUAAUAAAGUUUCUGAGAUUUCUUCCCAAAGGCAAGAGGCAGAACAUCUUCAGCAAGAUGCCUCACAUACAGUUCUGGACAAUGAAAGGACUCAGAGGAAAAAUGAUAAAGUGAAGACUAUUACAAAAGAUCAGAAUCUUUUUUGUGAAGUCAACUCCAAGUCAGCCACAAACAGUCCUCUCAGGAAUGAUCAGCAGGUAUCUCAGAGCAAUACAGAGGAUGGUACAGGAAGUACAGGUGCUUUGGACAACAGUAAAGAUGCAUUGGUUGAUGCCUUUCAAAAAGUUACAAUUGUAGAUGGGGAUCAUAGUGAAAAAGUAUUGGAAAAAGAGCAGAACGUGGCCAAAUGUAAGGGCAAUGUCUUUGGAAGGCUGCACCCCAAGACACCACAUUACAUUGAAGUUCUAGAGUCUAGAGCCAAGAACCCGGUCAUAAAAAAACCCAAAUUUAAAACAAAUGUAUUGUCAGGAGAGCAAAGUGGAUCAUCACAUGGUUCCUCCUCUAGUCAGUCACCUGGGGGAUUUGGCUCUCCAGUUACUGCUGAAGAAAGACGACUUAGAGAUAAGAAACAUUUGAAUGACAUCACAGCAGCUCGACUGCCACCACUUCACCAUUCCCCUGCUAAGCUAUUAUCCAUAGAAGAGUCCAUAGCAAUUCAGAUACAGCAAAAAGAAGCUUAUGAGGAAGUGCAAGCCAAGCUUGCAGCACAGAAGCUUGCGGAGAGACUGAAUAUAAAAAUGCUUAGGUUUGAACCGGAAGGAGAGGCCUCAAUGCAGUACAGAGAAGUGAGAGAUGAAGAUUAUUUUUCAGCUGAAGACUGAAUUCAAGAAGAGAUGUGUGAGGAUGAGCCAUGUAACCAAACUUUGUGCAGUGCUUCUUAAAACACCGAACCUGGAUAUUGAGGAUGCUUGAUCUAGUAAAUUUUUCUCUUGUUACAGCUAUAGGAAGGGUUCAAUGUAAACAUCAUAAAGAUAAGUGUUAUUAUGUGGUAACCUCAGUGUUAUUUGGGGGCUGGUUUUUGAGCUCUUGCCACAGGUAAUCUUUGUGGAAUGCCACACAGUUUUCAGCUGCAGCUACUUGCAGGCAGAUGAUGAGAAAUCCACAAAAGAAAGUUUCUUCUACCAAAAAUGGAUUACAAAGGGUAUUGGCACAGGUGUCCAUAGAGUAAGCUAAGGUGCCUGUGAACUGCUUGAUGUACAAAAGGUCUUGUACAUAAACAUGAGAUGUUUAUCCAUUUAAGAUUAACUUUCUUUGUCUGUUUGGUGAGAACACAUGCCCUGACAGUGACAACAAAUAUGGGGUAUUUAGGCUGCAAAUUAGCUUCUUAUCCCAUGGGAACUUGUUUCUGUGACUGCACCUUAAAAUAACACUUUCUGCCUUUAUGUUGUAAAUAGGCAAGGAUUUCAAGUUACAUUGUAACUCAGAUUCUGCUUGGGCUUUAAGAUUAAUUUUUGAUUAUUGCUGUAAAGCACAUCAAGAGAGAAACUUAUCUGAAGGUGUUAAUAUUUUUAUUAAAGGUUUUGGUGCUUUUUCCAUAUUUUUGUACACUGUGUUCACACUUUGGUAUGCUAUUUUUCAUAGUAUGAUACUGUAAAUUAUGAGAUCCACCCCUGUGUUUUCUUGGAGAAAAUGUUUUCUCUAUAUAUUGAAGUUCUUUGAAGAUAAAAAAAAUAUUUAUUACAAUAACUUUUUCUGCCUUUUAGUAUGAAUUUUGAAAGAUAAGGAGCACACCUGCAAAGUAUUUCACAAUGAUAUUCCACUGUUGACAGGAGAUUCCAAGCUUACUACAAGUUCAGUUCUGAAAAACAAACCUCAGAGGUGCCUUGUGUAGCCUGGCAA